CAUGUUCCCCGCGAUGCGGAUGUCGGACCCCGGCAGCUGACCGCUCCGAUCCGGCCUCUGAAAGCGUGGGUGCGCCCAUGGCGGAGCCCUGUGAGCGCGGCGGGCGGACGUCCGCGGGCGGUGGGAGCCCGGAGGAGGAGGAGGACGAGGAGCGGGAGCCGCUGCUGCCGCGCAACGCCGGGGCCCAGCCGCGCAGAGCCGCGCCUGGCGGCGCCGUGAGACUACUAGAGGCGGCGGGGGGCGAGGGCGCGGCCGCCCCCCGGGAGGCCGGCGACCAGGAGCCGCUGCUCCCGCGUGGGGACGCGGGGGCCUUCCGAAGGUCGUCCCCCGACUCGGACCGGAGCCGCCCCGCGAUCCCAGGGAUGAAUGCAUUCUUGGAUGAUCCAGAGUUUGCUGAAAUUAUAUCAAGAGCAGAGCAAGCAGUAGAACUUGGAGUUUUUCCAGAGAGAAUCUCUCAAGGGUCAAGUGGAAGUUACUUUGUGAAGGAUCCUAAGAGGAAAAUUAUUGGUGUGUUUAAGCCCAAAUCAGAAGAGCCUUAUGGUCAGCUGAAUCCAAAAUGGACCAAAUAUGUCCACAAGGUCUGCUGUCCUUGCUGCUUUGGCAGAGGUUGCCUGCUUCCUAACCAGGGAUUCCUUUCCGAAGCUGGUGCCUGCCUGGUAGAUGAAAAGCUUCAUCUGGGCAUUGUACCGAAAACAAAGGUGGUUUGGCUCGUCAGUGAAACAUUUAACUAUAAUGCAAUUGACCGUGCAAAAGCAAAAGGCAAAAAGUAUGCCUUAGAGAAAGUGCCAAAAGUAGGUAGAAAGUUUCAUCGGAUAGGACUCCCUCCCAAGAUUGGUUCCUUUCAAUUAUUUGUUGAAGGUUACAAGGAGGCUGAAUAUUGGCUUAGGAAAUUUGAAGCUGAUCCUUUGCCUGAGAAUAUUAGAAAACAGUUUCAGUCACAAUUUGAAAGAUUAGUUAUUUUGGAUUACAUCAUCAGAAAUACAGACAGAGGAAAUGAUAAUUGGUUAGUCAGAUAUGAAAAGAAGAAAUGUGAGAAGGAAAUUGAUCAUGAGGAAUCAAACUGGGUUGAUGAUAACGAACUGCUUAUUAAAAUAGCGGCAAUUGAUAAUGGUCUAGCAUUUCCUUUUAAACAUCCAGAUGAAUGGAGAGCAUAUCCAUUUCACUGGGCUUGGCUUCCUCAAGCAAAAGUUCCUUUUUCUGAAGAAACAAAAAACUUGAUUCUCCCAUGUAUUUCUGACAUGAACUUUGUGCAAGAUUUGUGUGAAGAUCUUCAUGAACUUUUUAAGACUGACAAAAGCUUUGACAAAGCCACUUUUGAAAGUCAAAUGUCUGUCAUGAGGGGCCAGAUCUUAAACCUUACUCAGGCACUGCGAGACGGGAAGAGCCCCGUGCAGCUGGUGCAGAUGCCGUGCGUGAACGUGGAGCGCAGUCCAGGGCGCGGCCAGGGCCGCAUCGUCCACCUGACCAGCACGUUCACCCAGACUUUCCACUGCAGGAAACCCUUUUUCACCUCCUGGUAGUAGAUGUAAGAGAAACAGCUGUUGGGCAUUGCUGUGUUGUUAAAACAUUACAGCAUUUUACAUGUGCUGCAGUUGUCAAAACCUGAAGUCAUUUAAGUCUUUUAAAAAAGUUUUCUUUUGAAUGUAAUCAAAAGUUUACAGCUUUUUAUCCAAAUAUUAAAUUCCAUUUCGGGGAAGAAAUGAUGAAUCUCCUAUAUUGUAUUUUUGUAGAAAAUUGUAUAGUUUGUUGUUGUUAGUUUAAAGGUAACCUCAUAGUGUAUCCAUACUAGAACUGACUGAAAUUACUCUAGCAUUCCAAGUGAAAAAAUAAGAUAUUUGUUAGCUCUGGGCCAGGGAUUUAGCUCAGUGGUUCUGCCGCCUACCUCGCAAGCACAAGGACCUGAGUUUGAUCCCUGGUACCCCACCCCCCAAAAAAAGAUAUUUGUUGACUUUGAAAACAGUAAGAUUUUAUAUAUUUUUUUGAAGAUUGAGGAAAAUGUUCAUUUUGACUCUUUUUACAUUGCAUUACAAAAGGCCUUUGAGAGUGACUAGGUCUGAAAUUACUCUCCUCCUCCAACAGGAGAGUCAGUAGAACAACAGGAAAGAAUAAAGCAAGGUUGCCUUAAUUUCAAAAGCUGCUACUUUAGAACUGGAAUAAGAGCCCCUACAGUGGUCAUUAGUGGGGACCUGAAAAUUAUAUUUUGGUUAAGUAACAGAUGGCCACUUCUUUUUUUUCUGUUUUAGAAUAUAUUUUUUAUUAUUUUGUUUCAGUAAGAAAAAAAUCUAAAGAUAUUCUUCUUUUUCUUAAAAAAAAAAGGAAACACUCAUUUUCAUGAGGGGAAUAAUGUAAAAUUAAGGUAGAUCUUCAAUAUUUUCAAACUCAAAAAAAGCCUCAUAUUUCUUUUUGUUUCUUGUAUAGGAUCAAGUAAUUGAGCAGUUAGUACUUCAAAGUACUGAUCUUGUUCCAUUUAGUACUUCAGUUAGUAUAAACUUCACUGAAAAGUAAGUCAUACCUCAAAGUGUAUAUUAGAUUUCAUUUUGGGGUUCUUAGUUUGUAAGUGUUUAAAAAUAAUAAUAGUACUCAAAAUUAUUAGUUUUAGAUUAUCAGCCCAAUUUGAAGGGAAACAAGACAGAUAACCAUAAAAUCUUUUCUAUUUGAUUUUGAAAUUUAAUUUUGUACUUUAUUUUGAAUACCAGUAUGUUUCACAUUCUUGGAAUUCGUAGCACUGUGAAGUCAUGAAUUAUUAAACUGAAAUGAGCCAAAUAUGAAGAGAUUCUGGAGAAUAUAACCUUUUUUUUAGUUGAUUUCUCUCUGAGUAAGUCCAACAUGAUUCCUCCAUUCAGCCAUGUUGAAUCCCCCUAGAAAACUUUUAUCUCUUCUUCAGUUUCAAAACUAGUACCAUCAAUACUCAGACUAAACUGGGCAGGCAGUUGGGCCUUUUGUCUCACAAGUUUACUAUCGUGAUUUUUUGUUUUUAAUGAGUUAUUUUGUGUAAAAUGAACAUCCAGGGAACUAACCCCGGAUGUAGGACAGAUCUGCAGUCGCUCUGCCUCACACCUAAGUGGGAUGGAUCCCAGACUGCUGCUCUCAGGGCGUCGCUGGAAAUCCAUGUUCUCCUCCCUCCUCCAACUUUCUCAUUAGCUCAGUGUAGAGAUAAUGGAAAAUUGACUGGAAGUUCAAAACUCAAACUAUUAUCCUUAGGUAAAUACUUGUAAUUAAAAUGUGCCUUUCGAACAUGUAUUCUCAAAGAAAAGAAAUAAGUUGUUGUAAUGUGGUUACAAAUUUGAUAAAAUAGGUUUUUAUCAGUAUUUUGAGAAUUACUAUAUUAAUUUUUAUAAUAGAAAACUCAGUAAAAUGCUAGUUUUAUAUGCUAAAAUUAGGGUGAAAAUAUUUUUAAGUGUCUGACCAUGCUUGAAAAGUAGAGAUAUUUAAGAUUACAAGUCAGAGUACCUUGGCUGUGUUUUAUAAACUUCCAUGAACUUAAUUCUUAUUUAAGCAUUGUUUUUCCAAUGAGUAUAUUUAUAUUGCCAAACAUGGUAGACUAAACAUAAUAAAAAUCAGUGUCUUAAAGCUGGA